AUGGCAACGCUCAGAGUUCCAUUGCAAGUUCCUUCUGCAAAAGAAGAUGCAAUGAAUCUCUGGAUGGCCUGCCAAGGAAGGGAGGCAGAUGAGAAAACAUUGAUCGAUAUUUUAGCGCAUAGAGAUGAAGCACAGAGGCUACAAAUCAUCCAAUCUUAUGAAGAUCUUUACCACGAAAAUCUCAUUAAGAAACUUGAAAAUGAGCUCUCAGGAGAACUGAAGCUGUUGGUUGGUUUAGUGAGCACAUAUAGAUAUGAUGGCAAGGAAAUUGUCAAGACCCUUGCAUUUUAUGAAGCAAACAUUCUCCAUGAUGUUAUAAGAAAGAAACCCUUCAUUCAUGAUGAGUUUAUAAGAAUCUUUACCACAAGGAGUAAAGCUCAACUCAUUGCAACUUUCAAUAUAUUCAAGGAUCAUCAUGGAAUAUCAAUAUCAAAGGCCUUGUCAUUUGGGAGACCAGAUCUCUUUACUUCGGUGCUUAAAAUUGUCAUUCUUUCCUUCAUUUCUCCUCAUAAGUACUUUGAGAAGCUCCUUCGAUCGGCACUCAACAAAGAGAAAAUUGACGAAAAUACACUUGCUCGAAUUAUUGUCACUCGAGCGGAGAAAGAUUUACAGGAGAUCAAAGAUAUGUAUGAAGAGAGUGGGAAAAUGAGUCUGAUAGCUGCCAUAGACAACAAGACUUCAGGGCACUUCAAGAACUUCAUCUUGGAAUUGAUUGGAAAUUGAAGAUGAAACUCUUCAGAAACUACUUAUAUGUUUGUUGUAAUAAGAAAGAACUCACAACUAUUUGAUAUAUUUUUUAUAUUACUGUUGAUGACAUUUUGGAUUUA